CGCGCAUGCGCACAUGUUACCACUGAUUUGCGCGCGAGCGCGCGGCAAAACGGAUCAUUUCUACGAAAAACCUUGUGGUGAGCAGAUCGCUUGAAUUUUCUGGACGUGCGAUAAUUGGUGAUUGAAUUUCCUAAAAUGUUUUACGAUAUAAUGCCUUACAUUCAAGAUUUUGAGGCAGCUUAUUCCUUUCUGAAGGAGAAGAAAGUCCUUAACAACGUUGCUCCCCGAUGUUUGCAUUGCCAGAAGGAAAUGUCCCUGAUCAAGAAUAAGGACGUGAAGAUCUUUCGUUGCUCGGCCCAUAAAGGCGAAAAAGAAUCCAUUAGAAAGUCUUCGUUUCUGGAGUAUUCCAAACUGCGACUACAGGACUUUAUCCUUCUCACAUACCUCUGGUCCCGAAACACAACCGUGCUUUUAACGUCCGAGUUGGUCGGUCUAUCAAUAUCUACCGUGACUCAGUGGUACCAGUACAUGAGGGACAUCACAAGCGAUUAUUUCGUGCGUAACCCCUACCAAAUUGGUGGACCCGGGCACAUAGUAGAAAUAGACGAACCUAUGAUGUGCAAGCGAAAGUACAAAAGGGGUAGAAUGUCACAGGAGAGGUGGGUUUUUGGAGGAUGGGAUAGGGAUGACAAAAUAGGGUUUUUAGCAUUUGUACCUGACUGUGCUCCUGAAACCCUUCUAUUCCUUAUUAAGAAAUAUAUCAAACCAGGGACCACCAUACAUUCUAAUCGUUGUAGUGCGUCCAACAGGAUCAGUGAAAUAAAUGUGACGCCAAAAUAUAUUCUUUCCGUGGCGAACCAAACCGAAAAUUGCGUCGACCCUGCAAAAACUGAUCUUGAUACCAAUACGCUGGAAUGUUAUUGGAGAAGGGCGAAGCAAUGUUUUAAGAAUAUAAUGGGGAGGGACACGGAAAUGGUUGAAUCAUAUCUGAACGAAUUUCUUUGGCGAGAGCAAUACGGCAGAACUGGAAAUGAAUGUUUUGAAAAUAUUUUGAAGCAUAUUUCAGAAAAGUUCACAUUUCAGUAACAUUUUAUUGAUUGGUGGAAGAUUUUAAUUCAAAAGUUUUGAAAACAAAUAGCCAGUGGCGGUUUCAAAGCCAGGGGUCGUUAUCAAAAAAAGGGUUAAUGUGGCCACACUUUAAUCUACAACAUUGUCUGAUAAAUUCAGUUGUGGCAAGAAUAUACAAUCUAAUGUUGAUUGUUCAUUUCUUUGUCCAUAAAACACACACACACCCUUUUUUAUUGUUUCGUUUUUAUCAUUUUGAAUAUUAUAUGUUGCGUUCUUCCAGUAUUAAUUAACGACUCUCGGCAUUUUCAAACGAAUUGCAAAAACCUUGUAGUAUUGAAAAUCUCUUUAUUUGCCAUGACAACAGCUGUGUAAUUAACAGGUACAAUUUGGAUAUCGUUCUUGAAAGUUGAAUUUUCCGCCAAUCUUCCUUCCCUUCUGUAGUUUUCGUUGCCUUUCUCUCUAGAAGGGAUUCGGUAUCGAGCAAGGAAGGACUGGAAAAAGGCAAGGAAAACUUCCACAGAUUGCCACUGGUUAAAAAAGCCAUCGAAUACUGUUUAAAAAACCGUUGGAUGCUGUUUGAAAAACAAACCAUAAAGAUGUGACAAGUUACCACCAAUAACAGAUUAUCCAGUGCCUGAUAUCAAAGACUUCUGAAAAUGAAAUUUUAAGUAAGAACCAACGUAUUCACACCAGAGAGAAACCAUAUUAUUGUGAUGUCUGUGGUAAAUCAUUCCCUCAAAAUGGUGUACUAACAAUUCACAGAAAGGCCAUAUCAUUGUGAUGUCUGGUUAAUUUAAUCGGAUUCACUCUUCCUACGACAUGCUUCGUAGACCUACAAAUGUAAAGCAUUGUGACAUAGAGGUGAGUGGUAUGUGCAAAUGCGAAAAGGCUGAAAUGAUGAGGCACAUACUCUCCAAUUGCCCAUUAGGCCUGGAACAUAUUGUGGUAUAACCAAGGGAGCAUUGAUGAUGAUUUCGUCAGAGCUAGCUGUGAUAAAGACAAAAGAUCAUCAUCUUUGUUUAGCGUCCGCUUUCCAUACUAGCAUGGGUUGGACGGUUCAACUGGGGUCUGGGAAGCCAGAAGGCUGCACCAGGCCCAGUCUGAUCUGGCAAUGUUUCUACAGCUGGAUGC